AUGCAAAGGCAGAUUGGCGUCUCAUAAACAUGUAAGAUUUGUGUUCUUGUGUAAAAGUAGCUUAAGAGCCGGAGAGAUGAUCAGUGUGCUACUUAAGGAGGUUCUCGAAUCGCAGUGUGUUUGUUGUUUUGAUGGUUGUUUAAAUGUAAUGGUCAAUUUAAUCCAACCUGCGAACUCGGUGAACGGUUUACCGGCUGCACGCUCUCACCUGCAGGUGGAGCCGACACGCAGAGGGGAAACACGAACACGCGCGUCGGGAGUGACAAGGAGCACCCAGGCAUCUUUCUCGUGUGCGAUCCUGACCAUCUCGGUGUUUUUGUAUAUCUUGAAAUGUUAAUGUCAAUUUAAGACUAUAGGGACAUUGUAAUUAAAUAAUGUAGGCUAAUGGUAUGGCUAUGCGCGUCAUUGCUUUUAACGGACACGAAACACAGAGUGAUAUAGCCCAUUCUUUCUUCAGUGAUUGAUUGUUUUUUUUUUCCUCAGCAAGAGGACCUGUGCUGCCGGGAGGAAUAUGCUCUUUUCUAUCCGCACCUAACACUACAGUUGAAAUUGUGGAUACAUUGUACUGUUAUAUCAGUAGACAUACGGAAUAGUUAGGUCAACGGAUUACUGGUUGGAUUCAAAUCUACGAUUAAUAUCAGCUGCAUUCCCUGCUGGCGAAGUCGCACCACCCCGUGUGUCAGACACAAUGGAUAUUAAGGCGACAGUUCUGUUCCUUUCCCUCGCGGUAGCGGUACUGUCGGCGGACAGCGUGGGCAGCAAGGCGCAGAGCUGCGCGGAUGUUCGGCAGUUCUACAGCGGCAAGGGUUUUACAUUACAUGGAGUUCCUCAAACCGAGAUAUCUGGGGAGCACCUCCAUGUGUGUCCACAGGGCUACACAUGCUGCACCAGUGCCAUGGAGGAGACGCUGCUGGGUCUGAGCCGCAGAGAGCUGGAGGGGCUUAUCAGAGAGGCAGGGAGAUCCAUCCAGGCUACACUCAACGCCCAGUACCGCAGCUUUGACACGUACUUCCUGGAGUUGCUGGAUGGUUCAGAGCGGUGGUUGGAGGCAGAGUUUCCUGAGGCUCUGGGCGGGCUCUAUGAGCGGAACGCUGGCCUGUUCCGUGAGCUGUAUGCAGACUUGCGGCGGUUCUACCGUGGUUCCUCUCUGAGCCUUGAAGAGGCGCUGGACGACCUCUGGACUCAGCUGCUGGAGCGCCAGAUCAAGGCCACUCCCAACAUCACCAUGGCAACCACAUCAGUAAGCGAUGACUUCUUGGAGUGCGGUGUGAAGCAGGCGGAGCUGAUGAAACUGUUUGGAGAAGCUCCCAGGGACCUGAAGGCGCCGCUGGUCCGGACCUUCAUCACUGCUCGAGCUUUCACACAGGCCCUGACCAGCGCAGGAGAGGUCGUCCGCAAGGUCUCACAGGUUCCCCUUAGCUCUGAGUGUAAUCGAGCCAUCAUGAAGCUGGUGUAUUGCGGGCAGUGCCGUGGGCUGGGAGAUCUGAAGCCGUGUACAGACUACUGCAGCAACGUCAUAAAGGGCUGCCUCGCCAACCAGGCCGACCUGCAGCCAGAGUGGGAGAUCCUGAUUGAUGCCUUGCUUCAGGUGGCUGCUAGUUUCGGGGUUCCAGGUCUGGAUGCGGUUCUCUUCUCAAUUCCAGUGCGGAUCUCCGAAGCCCUGCUCAGCCUCCAGGAGAACAUGGCUACCUUCAGAAGCAAGGUCUGGCAGGCAUGCGGGUCCCCAACAGAAGAGCCUACUGAGAGUUCAGGCACUGAAGAGAGGAAGAGGAGGAGCAUCACAGUCCUGCAUUACAGAUCCAGCUCUACUGAUGCUGUCCAACUGGAGGUGCAGGUGUCGGAUGUCUCCAGUAAGCUGAAGGAGAUGCAGCAGUUCUGGCUUCAGCUCCCUGUGGCCCUGUGCAAGAGCAAGGCCUCCAGCAGCAGGGACAGGUGCUGGAAUGGCAUGACUAAGGCCAGGUACCAGCCGGAUGUGAUGGGGGACGGCCUGGCCAGCCAGAUCAACAACCCUGAGGUGGACGUGGACAUCACCAAGCCAGACAUGAGCAUCCGCCAGCAGAUCAUGCAGCUGAAGAUCACCAGCAGCCGCCUGCUCACCGCUCUUAGUGGACAGGAUGUGGACUUUCAGGACAACAGUGAUGACAUCAGCGGAUCAGGAAGUGGCCUGUGCCUGGAGCAGUCUUGUAUUCACUCUCGUGUUUCGAUCUCCAAGGGGGAGCGGCCCAAAUACUACCCCACUGAGAACAAGAGAGUGAGAGGAACAGCCAAUCAGGGCCUCCCCUGUCACAUCCUUCUUUUGCUCUCAUUGGCCAGUGUGCUGCUCAGGCGGUAAUAGGCAGGUCACUGGAUACAGCAGGACUCUUUUAGUUUCCAUGACGGAGAGGUUUUUUUUACGUGGCAGAGUUUUUUUUUUUUUUUUUACGUUUCCAUGUGAGCAGAAGAAGAGGUGGAGUCUGGGGUGUGACAUUGCCAAAACUGAGACUCCAAGAAUGAGGGAGUCUGACGGAGAGUGAUGGAGUGACAUCUCUUACAGUGUCUGAGAGCGUGAUUGGAUUGACAUAUCUUACAGUGAUGGAUUGACAUCUCUUACAGUGAUAGAGCGACAUGUCUUACAGUGAUGGAGCGACAUCUCUACAGUGUCUGAGAGCGUGAUUGGAUUGACAUAUCUUACAGUGAUGGAUUGACAUCUCUUACAGUGAUGGAGCGACAUCUCUACAGUGAUGGAGUGACAUCGGUUACAGUGUCUGAGAGCGUGAUUGGAUUGACAUAUCUUACAGUGAUGGAUUGACAUCUCUUACAGUGAUGGAGCGACAUCUCUUACAGUGAUGGAGCGACAUGUCUUACAGUGACCGAGAGCGUGAUGGAUUGACAUCUCUUACAGUGAUGGAGCGACAUCUCUUACAGUGAUGGAGAGCGUGAUGGAUUGACAUCUCUUACAGUGACUGAUAGAGUGUGGAUUGUUUUCUACUUUAUAGUAAUGUAAUGUUUAGUGAGAUCUUACCUCUGUUAUUGGAUUGUACCUUUUUAAUGUUAAUUAAUGGCACCAUAUAUACACC